CAUUUGGGUGAUUAUAGUCUUCAUGAUGUGUUUGAAAGUGCAUUGCUAAAGGAAGUGCGCUCGAACUCGUUGCAUGUUCUUUCUCUCAGUGCAAUUCAAGCGCCGUUACAGAAUGUUUUACCUGAGUAUUUUAACCAUUUUCGUUGUAUGGAUUAUUAAGAAAAUUCUCGAUUAUAAACGUGUUAAUGCACAGCUUAAAGAUUUUGUUAGUCCCCCAGGACAUUUUCUUCUUGGUAAUUGGAGAGUGUUUCAAAACAAGACCAAAACUCUAAAUAAAAUCACAAAAUUAUCAAGAGAAUAUGGACCAAGAUUAAGAUUUAACUGCCUUGGACUUUGCAUACUUUUUGUUACGGACAGAGAAUUUUUAAAGCUUCUUUUGGGGACUACUAAAAUCAUGAAUAAGGAUAAUACUUACGAACAAAUUGAACCUUGGUUAGGAACUGGUUUAUUAACGUGUAAAAAGGAGAAAUGGGAGAAAACAAGAAAAGUUUUAACCCCGGCGUUUUAUCUCCAAGUUUUAGAAUCGUACAUUUGCAAUUUCCAUCAACCGAUUACAAAUUUAAUUAAAAAAUUAGAGACUUACGUGACGAAAGAUUCUUUUGAUGUGUAUCCUGUAAUAACUUUAUGCACUUUAGAUGUAAUAUGUGAAACCGCAAUGGGGACCACAAUAAACGCUCAAAAUAAUGAAGAAUCUACUUAUGUAAAAAGUGUAAAAGAAAUGUUAAGGAUUGUGCAAGAUCGAUCGCAAUCCGUGUGGAAAAUCUUUCAUGUAGGAUUCCUAUUAUCAAGAGAUUAUUGGAAACAGAAAAGAGCUUUAAAAGUUUUACACGAAUUUACUAAAAAUGUUAUCGAUAAAAAAAGGCUAGAAAAAAUUAAUGAUGUAAAAAAAAACUUCAACGAAAAGAAAAAGUUAUCUUUUAUUGAUUUGUUAUUAGAAGCAAACAUAAACGAUAAAGAAAUUGCGCACGAAGUUGAUACAUUUAUGUUUGCGGGUCACGAUACAACCGCUUCUGGAAUCAGUUUCCUACUAUACUGUUUAUCAAAACAUAAACAAGUACAAGAUAAAAUUAUUGACGAAUUAUUUCAUAUAUUUGGCGAAGAUGACAGAUUUCCAACGUUACAGGAUUUCAACGAAAUGCAAUAUCUUAAUCUUGUUAUUAAAGAAUCGUUAAGGUUGUAUCCUCCAGUUCCGGUUUAUAUAAGAUCUUCAGAAGUAGAUAUAGAAUUGGGUAAAUGGACAAUUCCAAAAAAAGUAUCAAUUGCAAUAUUUCCAUAUGGAUAUCAUCGAAACCCCGAUUUGUUUGAAAAUCCUGAAGAAUUUAUUCCAGAACGAUUUAACACCGAAAUGGAACCGUUUACUUACCUUUCUUUUAGUUUAGGUCCUAGGAAUUGUAUUGGACAAAAAUUUGCAAUUUUCGAAAUGAAAGCUAUAAUUUCAAGGAUAUUAAGACGAUUUGAAAUAUUACCCGUUGAUGGUUACGAACCAAUUCCCGUUUCUAAUGUUGUUUUAGGGUCUGCAAAUGGAAUACAAAUAAAAUUAAAAAAAAGGAAAUCUUUAUUUCCCUCUAAAACUACAUAAAGAAGAAUAAAAAAUAUAUCGUUCUUUUUAUAAAAUUAAAAAAUAAAAUAAAGAAAUUAAAAUCUA